AUGCUUCCUCGGAGCCUUAGUCCCCCCCCCCACCCCCAGCCCCACCCUACACCCACCACCACACCCCCACCUACACCCACACCCCCACCUACACCCACCCCCCACCUACACACCCACCUACGCCCCCACCUCCCCAGCCCCACCCCCCACCCCCACCACACCCCCACCCACACCUACACCUACGCCCCCACCUACACUUACACCCCCCUACCCUACGCAACCACCUACACUUACACCCACACCCCCACCUACACCUACACCCCCCACCCCCACCUACGCCCCCACCUACAUUACACCUACACCCCCACCUACACCUACACCCACACCCCCACCCACACUUACACCCGCCCAUGA